CUUCGGCUGCCAUCCAAGUCUGAAUUUAGGAGCAGUCAAAUAAUUCUUAAAUGUUAAAAAACGUACAACUGUUAGACUGUUGAAUUAAAUCCUUUAUGGUGUGUAAUAUCACUUGUUACGUAUUGUAACGCGAACAGUACAACGAUUGUAGUUCAGUGCAGUGUUUAUUUUGGCCACUUCGUUGUAAACGCCGAAAGAGAUUUGCGGUUACGUGGUAGACACUCCCUACCCGUAGAAUAGUCAAUGGUGUUCAGAGCAAUGGCAGCAGCUGUUAUCGGUUCUGCUUUCAGAAAAAGCAGGGGAUUGUGGUUGCCCGGUCUCAGCGCGGUGAGAGCGAUGUCCGCACAGGCAGGCCCCACGCCUCCUUUCUCCGCUCUGUCAGUGAGCCACCCGGCUACUGCGGUCACCCACGUGGAGCUUUACCGUCCAGAGAAGCGUAAUGCCAUGAACCGAGCCUUCUGGAGUGAGAUGGUGGACUGCUUCUCCCAGAUUGCCCUGGAUUCAGAGUGUCGGGUAGUUAUAGUUUCAGGAGCUGGCAAGAUCUUCACUUCAGGGAUUGACCUGAUGGACAUGGCGGCAAAUAUGCUGCAGCCGGAGGGGGAUGACGUGGCGAGGAUGUCCUGGAACAUGCGCCGUCUUGUCGCCAAGUACCAGGAAACCUUUUCAAUCAUCGAGAAGUGUCCAAAGCCUGUGGUGGUAGCAGUGCAUGGAGCAUGCGUGGGAGGAGGAGUGGACCUGAUCACAGCCUGUGACAUACGGCUCUGCACGCAGGAUGCCUGGUUCCAGGUGAAGGAAGUUGACAUUGGCCUAGCAGCAGAUGUUGGGACUCUACAGCGGCUUCCCAAAGUUAUUGGGAGCCGCAGUCUGGUGAAUGAACUGGCACUCACAGCCAGGAAGCUGUACUCGGAUGAAGCCAAGAGCUGUGGACUGGUCAGUCGGGUGUUUCCAGACAAGGAGAGCAUGAUGGCGGGAGCCCUGGAGCUGGCUGCAGAGAUAGCGGCUCGCAGCCCCGUCGCCGUGCAGGGGACCAAGAUCAACCUGGUCUACUCCAGAGACCACAGCGUGUCUGAGAGCCUGGACUACAUGGCCACCUGGAACAUGAGCAUGCUGCAGACGCAGGACUUGGUGAAAUCCGCCCAAGCCGCCAUGGAGAAGAAGAGCCCAAAAGAAGUGCUUUUCUCCAAACUCUGAGAGGACCUGGGGAGGGGGAGGGAACCAGGCGGUGGUGGCGGAGGGAGAGGAACGGAGAGGGCACAUGAUCAAGAAAGCGAGGGACAUUUAGCAUCUGAUUAAGCAUUCAUUGGAUGCUUUUUAUGUAGAUAGUGUGUGUGUGCGUGUGUGCGCGUGUGCAUAUGCGUGUGUGCGUGUGUGCGCAUGUGCGUGUGUGCGCAUGUGCGUGUGUGCGUGCGUGUGUGUGCGUGUGCAUGUGUGUGUGCAUGUGCGUGUGUGCGUGCAUCUCCUCUCCCACCUUGAAUCUAAGCAGCCAUUGCGCCUGCAGUUUACAGCCUGUGACCCCGAGGUGAGGGAAACUCACAUGACACUGUGACAGAAGAACUGAAACCAGUGGGGUCAGUUCUGUAGGCUAGACUUGGAGAAGGCAGAUGGAAUGUAUUCUGGGGUUCAUGGUGACAGUACCUAUCAGUGGUGUAUCACGUCAUACAAUGCCCACAUAAACUGCUGCUCAAUCAACUUGACUUGGCAAUCUUGGCUAAUUGUUCUUGUAUUUAUAUAUGCAAAAAUACACAAUAUAAAUAAAGGAUCUGGUGUCAUGUUCUGCUGUAA